UGGCUUGCCUCCGCUUGGGGAGUGUUUCCCAUUUAAACAAACACAGUGCCGAAGAUGGCGGAGAGUUCAUAGUGGAAAUAAAAGAAGCUGGUAUGUUGAAAAGGAUAUACUGAAACUGAAUGUAAUGCUGAAUGAGGAUUCUGAAGUCUGAUCACAUCGUUCCAUGCUGGUAAGAAGGAAGCUUAAUGUACCAUAGGCUACCAGCUUAUUACAUUUGGCAGUUAAUCCGUGACACACGGCUGCUGGUCAUCCUGUCUGAGAAGUGUGGAAGUAAAGCUUAGAACAGAAGCAUCAUUGGUAACCCAAAGAACCACAAAACCACAUCGGUGGCCCAUUUCCUGGGAGAAUGAAAUUGCUGUAAACAGGCACCUGCUUGCUGAUAUGUGUGCAAGAUGAGCGGAUUGGGAGAAAACUCCUUGGAACCCCUGAGUUCGGACCGAAAGCGCAAGCUCUCGUCUUGUGACACUGCAGGCUUGAGCUGUGAUAAACGACGCCGGGAGCAGGAGAGCAAGUACAUCGAGGAGCUAGCAGAGCUGAUUUCAGCCAACCUGAGCGACAUCGAUAACUUCAACGUCAAGCCUGACAAGUGUGCCAUUCUGAAAGAAACUGUUCGACAGAUCCGCCAGAUCAAAGAACAAGGGAAAGCCUCAUCCAACGAUGAUGUUCAGAAAGCUGACGUGUCCUCCACUGGUCAGGGGGUCAUUGACAAGGACUCGCUGGGUCCGCUUCUGCUGCAGGCAUUGGACGGCUUCUUGUUCGUAGUGAACCGGGACGGCAGCAUCGUCUUUGUGUCCGACAACGUGACUCAGUACCUGCAGUACAAGCAGGAGGAGCUCAUCAACACCAGCGUCUACAACAUCCUGCACGAGGAGGACCGCGAGGAGUUCCAUAAGAACCUGCCCAAGACAGCGGUGAAUGGUGUUUCCUGGGGAAAUGAGGCUCCCAGGCAGAAGAGUCACACGUUUAACUGUCGAAUGCUGGUGAAGUAUGGCCAUAACCCCUCAGAGGAUGGCUCUGGGAGCCCACGAUAUGAAACCAUGCAGUGCUUUGCUCUCUCACAGCCAAAGGCCAUGAUGGAGGAAGGAGAAGACCUGCAGUCUUGUAUGAUCUGUGUGGCAAGGCGUAUUACUGUGGAGAGAACCGAAAACUUCGUUACGCGCCAUGACCUGACAGGGAAGCUGAUUCAAAUAGACACCAACUCCCUCCGUGCCUCCAUGAGACCUGGCUGGGAAGACCUGCUGCGACGGUGCAUCCAGAUGUUCAUGCACCACAGUGAGGGGCAACCAUGGUCACACAAACGCCACUACCAAGAAGCCUUCAUGCAGGGCCAUGCCGAGACCCCGCUGUACCGGUUCUCUUUGUCCGACGGAACUCCGGUAACGGCCCAAACCAAAAGUAAACUUUACCGGAACCACAUGACCAAUGAGCCCCAGUGUUUCAUAUCCAACCACCUGCUGCAAAGAGAUCAGAAUGGAUACAGAGCGAACCAGGCCCCUAUGAUGCAGGGCAUGAGGGCCCAGUCGAUGGGGAAUCCCAACCCUGUCUCAAUGAACAUCCCCCAAGGUCCAGGGAUGGGCAUGGGGGUCAACCGGGGCUACGAGCCCAACCCCAUGGGACAGAUGGUGAACUCCAGGUAUGGUGGCAGCGGUGGGAUGAUGCAGAUGAACCAGAUGAGCCAUGCAGGCCCAGGGAUGAUGCAACAGCAGCACCAGCAACAGCAGCAGCUGCACCAACACCAACAGCAGCAAUCUCCUUACCAUGGUGGAGGUUAUGGUCUCGGGAUGAGCAGUCCAUCUCAUGGGAGCCCCGGUAUGAAUAUAUCCCAGCAAAACCUAAUGGUCUCUCCCAGAAACCGUGGGAGUCCCAAAGUGGGGGCCAGCCAGUUUUCUCCAGGAGGCAUGCACUCGCCCAUGGCUCCUGGCAGCAUUGGUGGAGGCAGCAGUUUCUCCAGCAGCUCUCUCAAUGCUUUGCAGGCCAUCAGCGAGGGGGUGGGCAACAACCUUCCCUCCACUCUCUCCUCCCCGGCUCACAAGCCAGACAGCUCACCCAGCAUCAACUCUUCACAGCAGCAGCAUCAAAAUCAACAGUGUAAGCCGGGUCACAUUGACUCCAAAAGCCCAGCCGGCAUGUACGGGGGCGGGGGGGAUCAACAACACCCCCACCAUCAUCACCAUCACAACACCCCCGGCGAGAGCACUGCCGACCGGCCGGACAGCCAGGCCAACCUCCACGGCACCAAGGAGGGCAGUGAGGUGGGCAGUGGCACCAUGGAAGCCCAGCGAAGGAUGCCAGACAGCAAGGGGAAUAAGAAGCUACUGCAGCUGCUGACUUCUCCUUCUGAUGAGAAGCCAUUGGUAGGGGGCACCACCACCCCCACCACACUGGACCCCAUGCCCAAGGAUUCUGCAGCCUGCGUGACCAGCCCCUCCUCAUCUGGGGUCUCCUCUUCCACUGCUCAGCCCCCAGGCGGAGGCUCGUCGUCGUCCAUGCUGCAGGAGAAGCACAAGAUCCUCCACAAGCUGCUGCAGAACAGCAACUCCCCAGACGAAGUGGCCAAGAUCACGGCCGAGGCCACGGGCAAGGAGAGCAUUAGCCAAGAGGCUGGGGCGGCAGAGCUCGCUGCCGCCAGUGGAGGAGCAGACAUCAAACAGGAGCAGCUGAGCCCCAAAAAGGAGAAGGCCCAUGUCUUGCUGCGCCUCCUGCUGGACAAGGACGACUCCAAAGACUCUUCCGGUAAGGAUGUCAAGCCUAAACUGGAGGAGCUGGACGGGAAGAACCCUCAGGGUGCCUGCAGCAGCUCGGGAAUCAUGACAUCCGUGCCAGAGAAUGGGGAGCGCAAGAUCAAGACCGAGCCCCCAGAUGAGCUGAGUCCUGACAUGGACACGUUGGAGACCAUCCUGGGAGGCCUCAGCGGCUCAAGUUUCUUCCAGGAUUCAGCGGGGGGAGGAGGGGGCCGUGCUGACGGGAUGAGCAAGCAACAUGCUUCUCCGGAUGGGAGCGCACUUGGGUUGAGGAGCCCCGACUCGGUGCCCGGCCCCCGAGCUCCGUUCCAGCGGGCCAUGUCGAUGGACGGGAAGCCCAUGGCAGGAGCAGGGCCCGCGGGGAGGCAGAGUGCCCCCUGCUCCGUGCACAUCAAGCAGGAAAUCAUGGACCCACGAAUAAUGGGCAGCCCAGAGAACUUUCCAGGGAGCAUGGGAAUGCCUAACAGGGUGAUGGGAGUCCCCCAGCGCUCUCCUAUGGGUGGAUCGGGUGAGUGGGCUUUGCCCCGGUCGAAUGCAAGCCCAGUGGGGUCUGCAGGUCACCCCUCCAUGAUCCGGCCGAGAAUGGACUAUAACACUGCAAUGGCCAAAACCAUGAUGGGAGGUCCAAUGGUCAGCAGGUCCAACAGCAUGCCGGCGAGAGGGUCAAUGCUGCAGCAGCAGCUGAUGGACGUGGGUGACAUGGGCAUGAGUCAUUUCAGCCAUCAGGGACCUCCCAGAUCUCCUUCCUGGCCUGACAACAUGCUGCCGAUGGAGCCAGGGCCACAGAGCAGCCAGCAGAACAGGCGGCAGUUUGGCAGCCCUCUGGAUGAGCUGUUGGUGCCCCCCUCCACCAGCGAGGGUCAGAAUGACGAGCGCGCCCUGCUGGACCAGCUGGACUCGCUGCUCAAUAACACAGACGUCAUGACCCUGGAGGAGAUCGACCGGGCGCUGGGCAUCCCUGACCUUGUGAGCCAGGGCCAGGGUGUGGACCCCCAGUCGGAGCAGUUCUCAGGACAGGACCCGGCCAUGAUGAUGGAGCAGAAGCCCCCCAUGUACAGCCAGGGCUAUCCUGGGCCUCCAGGCAUGGGGAUGCCGGCUGGCUACAGCAACACAAUGCAGGGCCAGCCCGCAGGCUUCAACCCCAUGAUGAGCCAGAUGAGCCAACAGGGCAACUUCCCUAUGUCGGGCAUGCACCCCCGUGCCACUAUGAUGAGGCCGCGCAUGAUGAACGCACCCAAGCAACUCCGCCUGCAGCUGCAGCAGAGACUACAGGGCCAGCAGUUCAUGAACCAGAGCCGGCAGAACCUGGGGAUGAAGAUGGAGAGCCCGGUGACAGGGGGGAGCCCCUUGCUGCCGCCCGGCAUGCAGCCCCCCAUGGGAGGACAGCCGGGGUUCCUCAAUGCUCAGAUGAUGGCUCAGCGGAACAGGGAGAUCUUGAACCACCAGCUGCGGCGCCAGAGGAUGAUGAUGCUAAUGCAGCAGCAGCAGCAGCAGCAGCAGGCAGCGGGGGGCUUCAGCCCUCCUCCCAACGUCACCGCCCCCGGAGGCAUGGACACCGCCAUGGGGGGCCCUCCCAUGAGCCAGGCCCCCCCGCAGCAGUUCUCCUACCCGGCCAACUACGUAGGAAUGAACCAGCAGGGGGAUCCCUCGUUUGUACGCUCCGCUGCCGCCAGUCCUCCGAACCCCAUGAUGUCGGCUCGGCUGGGGCCGCCUCAGACUCCCAUGAUGCAGCAGCACCCCCAGAGUGCACCCAUGUAUCAGACCGCCGACAUGAAAGGCUGGCCACAGGGAAGCAUGGCCAGGAACAGUUCAUACCCCCAGCAGCAGUUUGCCCAGCAGGGGAACCCCGGCUCUUGCAACAGCAUGAUGAUGAACGGUGCCAUGCCGUUGAAUGGAAGUGGGGCUCACAUGGCGCAGAUGAACAUGAACCCCAUGGCAAUGGGCGGGAUGCCCAUGGGGCCGGAACAGAAAUAUUGCUGACCCCCUGGUUCAUAUACUAGUGGAGGAAUCCUAAUUCACUGUGAACGUCUGGAAAGAUGAGGGCUCUGUUUUUAGGCAGCUUAAACAUGCCCAUUCCAGCCGACCGUGGGUUUAACCUGAACACUCUUCCCAGUUCACCAGGCCAGUUUGUACCGGGGAGCCAAGGGAGGGCUGUUGGAUUCCCCUUAGCCGACGAGUGAUUUAAAACAAUCCCAUUAAUCUUAAGCGGACUAUGUGGGGGAAAAAACAGGAGAAAUGAAUUUCAGAUUUAUUAAAAAAAAAAAAAAAAAAGAGAAUAAAAGGAUGGAUGCUUUGGGAAGUGUAUUUAAGCCUUAGAAACUAGAAAUCUUUUUUUGUAAAAACUGGGCCAACUUCCCCCCCCCCCCCCCACAAACAUAAAGAAAUGAUGAGGGUCUCCUUUCCUAACUAGAACCCAAGUCAUGCAGUACCGAGAUGCGGAAAACACUCUUUGCUUUGUUAGAUGCUCGGCUUGGGUACUCUGGAUAAUUAGAAGCAAAUUGUGUGUCAGAUAUUGCCCUCUAUAGAAAGGCUGAUGUUGAAAGGAUUGUUGCAAUAUUUCUUGUUCAUUUUAUAGCCUUAUUCAAGAACUAAUGCACGGAGCAAAGUUUGCAAUUAAUUUCUUUUUAAAUUGGGGUCCAUUGUAAUUUUAAAAGGUAACAAAAGGAAAGCAGCGAGCACAGAGAGAUAUUCUUUAUUAUGCACAUUUAAGCAAUAAUCCGCUCAAAGCAAAGGUACUGCAGUAUUAGAUGUCACGUUUUGGGAUUUUUGUUUUCUGUGAAAUGUAUAUUGUAAAUAUGCUCAGAAAUGUAUUAUAUCAGCUUUUGUAGGUCACUCACAUACAUUUUUUUUGCACAGAUUGUAAGGCAAAAUAUUUAAGAUACUGUUUCCUGUACUUUUCUUAAGGUCAAACUGCAUUUAAAUCCCCCUUACCGGUUUCAUUUUUAAGUUUAGCUUGGAUUUUGAUUUUUUUUUUUUUCAAGCACUUUUAUUUCUCUAAUGCAAAAUACAAAUUAAGUUAUUUAUUUUAGUGGAGGGAGGGGAGAGGAGGGGAGGGGGUUGUGAGCAUGUAGGUAUCCAGCUUUGGGUGAUACAGGAUUACAUUUUAUUCUGACGUGGAACAUUUUAAUAAGAAUGUCAACCUCAGACAUUACAUACAGAUAGGAGUGGAUCUUGUGUACCCUCGGUGUAUUGUAUUUUAUGCUUGGUGGCUUGCAAACCCAACAUGUGCUGAAUUAUUCCAAGUUCCAGUGAGCUGUAAAGUGCCAAGCAUGCAAAUACCCAUUCAGUCUUUCUAUUCUAGACAUAGUGCAGUUAUAUUAGGAAUAUCGUCAGUCGGCCUUCCUGUGUUGAGGACGUGUCUUGUCUGACCUUUGAACCUGCAAGCCAACAGGCUUUUUCACUUUUCUGCCACUUUUUUUUUUUUUUUUUUUUUUUUUGAGAAGGGGCUGUCUUGUUUUGUCUUGGUAAACCGUUUGUAAACUCUUUAGGAUCUGAGGCAUUAUUGAUUUUACUGCCACCUUGAACUGCAGGCAACUGGGAGGGAAUGAAAGAGCAGGUUAAUCUGAAGUUGCUGUAGGGGGUGAGUGUAUUUGAGGGGUGUUUGGACCUUUUCAUAUUUAUUUACUUAGUUAGAUAAGUUGGUACCUUAGCAGCCGAAUAAAGGUAGUUUUUAAUUAAUUAUUUUUUUUUGGAUAAUCUUAUUUUUUUUCUAGAAAUAUCUACAAAAGUAUCUACCUUUUCAUACCUGCGUAAUCCAAAGAUUCUUUUUUCCAGUGCAUAAAACAAUAUUAUGCCACACCAUGGACUGAGUGUAAGUGUGUGUGUGUGUGUGUGUGUGUGUGUAUCAUUUUAUUUAUAUAUAUAUAUAUAUAUAUAUAUAUAUAUAUAUAUAUAUAUAUAUAUAUAUAUAUAUAUAAUUACACACAGCAGCUGUACAUGUUUUGUGUUCUAUCUGGAUUUGCUUACACUUGCAGAGUGUAUUCAAGACAGCUUCAGUUUCAGAUCACCUGAAUAAUUGCUGUAUUCCCAGUUUAAAACAUCAACUAAAAUGAAAUGUUGUAUUAAUGGUGACCUGAAAUACAGAUUGCAAGGAGAUCACUGUCUAAUGUUGUCUCAAAUUAUUUUUUGAAAGUGAAUGUGGAUAUGGAAAUAUAAUCUUCUUCUUCUUACUAUUAUUAUUAUUAUUAUUAUUAUUAUUAUUAUUAUUAUUAUUAUUAUUAUUAUUAUUAUUGUUAUUAUUGUUAAUAAUAAUAAAUAGAACAGUGAGGAAAUAUUUUAGUUUUUGUGAAGAUCUGAAGGCUUUAAGAUUUGUAGAGAGAAUUUAAAUAAUCAAACCCAGCAAGGCAAUAUUUGUAUGUCAAUGCUUAAUACAAAAAAAAAAAAAAAAGUUCUUCUGUAUUCCGUGUUAUAUAACAAAAAAAAAAGCAGCAUUUUACGGACAUAAUUUGAGGAUGUAAAUUACUAUUGCAGUUUUUGUUUUCUUUCUUACUUGUUUCUUGAUGUUAAUAUUGAUGUAAAUACAAAUUUCUAUUGAAAUGUUUGUCUUUUUGUAUAUUUCGUUUGAUAACACACUUGCUUUACAGUAGGGGAGGACAGAAAACGCACACAGCCUCGUCACGCUGUCAAAGCUAAAUGGUUUAGGUGCAGACCCUGUUUUAGCUUUUAUUUUAGCAGCCUGCCAUACAGUCAGGUUGUGCACCUUAGUUGGUGCUUUUCAUGCAGUUAGGUUUAUACAUCGCAGUCAUCCACUAAUCAAGCCACAGUCCCUGUUACUUCAGCUGACGUGCUAGACCCGUGAUCCACAGCAGCCACUCCUUUAAUGUAAUAAAUUGCUGCAGAUGUUAACCAGUAAAAUGUUUCAGCUUCAGGUUUAAAUUGCUGCUUCUUGCUGAAGAGAUUCAUCGUCUUCAACCCAGGGGUGUUCCAAGUUGGCCCUUCCACUCCUGGUCUUUGUUACAAUCCUGUUCUAACUUGUUUAACUCAAUCAAGUAAACCUCCAUCCAGACCCUGAAGUAGUUAACUGUAUAAUGUUACCUGUUAAACCUGGAGUGGAGUGGCCCUGCAGAACCGUGACUGGACCCCCCUGUUCUGUCCCAAAGUGUUGAGAGCCGAUACAGCAGUUAAACAGCUUAACCCUUUAGGACCCAGGCCGUUGUGUUUUUGGAUUCAUAAAUAUGGGUGCCAGGAACAUUUUGGGGUGUAAAUGGUUAACAAUAGAAGUAAACACACCUGAGGCUGGUUGUAGAAAUUGGAUUUCUGGGCAUUCCACACUUUAUUCACAAACUAAUAACAUACCAAAUUGUCAUUAAGGAACAAAAAGACAAAACAAAGUCUGUAUAUUUAUAUACAAGGCAAGACCUGUGUUUUAAUUGAAACUGUAUGCUUUUAAGAUAAAGGUGCUUGUCAGUUUCAGAGGUCACAUUUGAUGAUCUAAAGGGGAGGGUAGAAACAGUACUGCUGUUCUCAGAAAAUAUUAAAAUCGUCAAACCUAGUCCUUUGUCAUUCAGUUCAACAGGUCAUACAAAAUCUAUAUUGGGAUUUCUUCUCAGACCUGGUAUUAUAUCAACUUCAACGAUCUAGGGAUUAAAGUCAAAAUUACAUUUUGAAACAUUAAAAACGGGCCCUCAAAAGUUGCCACUUAAGCCACAAGGGCAGGACUUACGGUAUGUAUUUAACAUUGAUUUGGAACUAUUUAGUUAAGGUGAAACUGAACACAUUUUGAAUAGGCUUUACCUUUGCAUGUGUAUUAUAAAAUAUAUUUUGACAUUUUACAUUAACUGCAAAACAUUACAUUCAUCUACAUACAGCAGUUUUAAUAUAUUUGUUCAGACUGUCAUAGCACCAAGUAUAGCAAAGUCAAUAUAACCAGGAACAGCAAUCAAACAUUAAUCACGUGAAUGAAUAUAAAUAAAUAUAUAUAUAUAUAUAUAUAUAUAUAUAUAUAUAUAUAUAUAUAUAUAUAUAUAUAUAUAUAUAUAUAUAUAUAUAUAUAUAUAAAUAAAAAAUAAUUUUAUUAUUUUUUUUAAUCACGAAAAGGUAGUGUGAUUUUGGCUUGGACUAUCUCGUAUUGUGCUUGGUACAGAUUUCCAAGGAGUGAAUGGGCAGCAGUGAAUGCACUGAACGCUGAACACUUCAAACAGCUACCCUGUGCUGUUUUUGUAUGCUGACAGCCACCUGGUAUGGAAUCAGUAACGUCGAGGUUGUCUUUUAGCCCACCACUUUAUGAAAGUUUAGCUGCCCUUUGACCCUGGCAGUGCCCUGUUUUGAAAGCUCAUGUUUGGCACAGUCCAUUGAAAUAGAGAAGAUAAAAGAUUCCAGGUUCCACACUGGUAGAAACACCCUGAUGUGUCAUGUCGGCCUGUUCUAAUGUAAUUGAGGAUCAGUUUUGUAACCUGGUUUGAAUCCGGCCAAGGAGAUGUGUUCAGGGUGGGAGUCAAUUCCUAUUCCCUAUUUUUUUUUCCUUUAAUCAAUUUCCAUUACUUUUUAAUCGAUUCAAACACAUCAUUGAUUAAAAUUGCAAUUUAGCAGUGUUCGGUUUUAAAAUGUGCUUCUCGCAGUGGCAACACAUUACAUAAAUCGAAGUCGCUGUUAACCAAUUAAAUUGGCAUCAAAUGAAAGCAGGUGAACAAUCGCAACAUUUAUGAUGUCUCUCCAAAAUAUCAAUUCGAAAGCAUUUGAAUUGGGAAUUGAUUUUAAGAAGGACACAACAGGAAUUGACGUCAAGCCUGGUUGUGUUUCCAUUGUCCAGUGGAACCAUGCUGAAAGAAGUGCUUGCUGAGAACAGUUCCCAGGAAAGGUAAUGGCACGGAUAUAAUCAUGAGAAUAAAAUACAGUAGAGUAAUAAUCUGCAUCUGUUCAUUCCACACGGCUGUUAGUAUGAAUGCCACAGUCCCUGUCAUUCAGAAGCUUUGUGAAGUGCAUUCAAAUGCUUUUACUGUAUUACAAGUGCUACACAAUGUAACUAAUACUAUUUGCUUUAAUUAAAUUAGCCCCCCCUGGGCACUGCCAUGGUAAAGAACUCAACACCACCAAGUGCCAAGAACACUACAACUGAGAGUAGCCACAAUCAAAAGCAAAAAAUAAGAGGCGGCUGGAUCAAAGUAUAGACCCUUUACAAAACCUUCACUCAUCAUUGGACAAAUAUUACAAAUUGGGGAUUAGAAUCCAUUAGAAACAACACGCACAGUUCCCUGGACAAGUUCAUUAGCUGUAACUUUAAUAACCUGCUGUGCUAGGACUUUCAAAAGCAGAACAGGAUGAUUAUAGUAAGAUUGAUCUGGACUACAGAUUUAUUUUGGGGGAGUUAUUGGCCUUAAAGGCAUUGGGGGUGGG